AUGCCUCCACCACGGGCAAGUACACGAAACAAGCGGCGAGUAGUCGACUCGGGCGACGAGAGUAGCGAUGGCGCCGAGUCGCCCCAGCGGCCCACGCGCAACAACAACAACAACAAGCGCGCGCGGUUAGACGCCGAGGAAGACGACCAGGACGAUGUCGUCGACCUGAUAUCAGCAGACGAGGACGUCAAGCCCCGUAUACGUAACAAGGGGAAGCAGCGCGCCGCUGCGAGCGACGAGGAGGACGAAGAGGACGACGAGGAAGACGAGGACGAGGGCGAGGCAGACGCCCAAGCCAAUGGCAACGGCGGACCACCUUCCCUCCUCAUGCAGCGCGACGAGGACGGAUUCGUUCCGGGCGCCAUUGUCCGCAUCAAAAUUCGCAACUUCAUGACGUACGACUUUGUCGAGUUCAACCCAGGACCCAAGUUGAACAUGAUCCUGGGCCCUAACGGAACCGGCAAGAGCUCGAUCGCCGCAGCCAUCGUCAUCGGGCUCGGCUUCCCUCCCAAGACCAUGGGCCGUGCCCAGGACCUCAAGUCCUACGUCAAGCAGGGAACCGAGGUCGCCGAGACGGAGAUCGAGCUCAAGGGGCCAAUCGGCAAGCCAAACUUAGUCAUCUGGAGGCGAUUCAGCCGUGACAAUGACAAGUCAGAGUUCAAGCUCAACGGGAAGGCGGUGACGCGAAAGACUAUCGACAAGCUGGUCGCGAGCUUUGACGUCCAGGCAACCAACCUCUGCACCUUCCUGCCCCAGGACAAGGUCAGCGACUUUGCCAAGAUGAACCCAGAGUUCGUCCUCAAAGAGACGAUGCUCGCCGCUGGCGACAGUCGGAUGACGGAAUGGCACGAGAAGCUCAUCACUCGAGGUGGCGAGGCGAAGGAUGUCGACAGCGCACUAGCGGUCAACAUGCAGAAAAGAAACCAGCUCCAAACUCAGGUCGAUGCACUCGCACCAGAUGUGCGCUCGUAUGAGCAGCGAAAGGAGCUCGAGUUUGAGCGCGAUGUUCUUCAAUGCCUUGUUAUUGCGGCCGAAGCAUUCAGACUCAAUGAUGUCACCGUUGCCGCCAAGGAGAAGAAGCAGAAGGCCCGGCAGAAGCACGAUGCCGCAGGGGAUAAGCAAGCUCAGUUCAAGGACCUGGUGAAAUCUCAGAAGCGGCGACAGGAAAAGUUGGUUGAUGAUGUCGAGAAGGAGCGGGUCAGGCUCGAUAACACUCGCCGCGAGGUGAGAAAGGCCAAGGACGAUUGCAAAGCAGCCGAACGGCAGUCAAAGGAGCUAGAGGAGAAGCUUCGUUCCAUUGGAUCCGAGGCUAGGAAGCGAGAACAGGAAAAGCAGCGCCUCGAGGCCAGGAUCACCGAGCAACAGGCCAUCCUCGAUUCCCCCCAGGCCGAUGUCACGGGGCGGCUUGAACUGCUCGACAAGCAGAAGAAAGAGUUGCUCGCCAAAGUUCGGCCACUCGAGGUCAAGCGUGAUGAAGCUAUCGCCAAGCAUAGACAAUUCACAAGAGAUAUGACCCAGAUUCAGAAAGACAUUGCGGAUGCUGAGGCACAAAAGCAGAGGCUCUCGUCGAUCGAGCUCAAGCGCAAGCAGGCGGCGUUCAAGUUUGACCCCUCGAUUCAAUAUGUCUGCCAAUGGCUCGAGAAGAAUGAGGACAAGCUGAAGGCUAAAGUUUGCUUGCCCCCCAUGAUCAGUGCGAGUGUUCCGGACCAGAGGUAUGCGUGGAUGGUCGAGGCGUGCACAAGUGCCAACCAGAGGAAGGCAAGUACAGCGCUGACAUUCAUUUGCCAAACCGAGGAAGACUACAGGACUCUGCUGUCUCUGAACGGCACCAUGUUCAACCCAGAGCCUGGGAAGACAGUCAAAGUUGGAAUCCACUUAGCAACCGUCAACGUCACCCAGGAAUCUGCGAAUCCCCAACGCCCUUGCUCACAGGAGCGGCUGCGAGACCUGGGAUUCGAUGGCUGGGCCAUUGACUUUGUUGAGGCAGACGCCCCAGUCGUGGCGUACCUUUGCGAGUACGCGAAGAUGCACCGCUCGGCACUCACUCAACGGGACGGAACUCGCAUUGCCUCGGACACGGUGGCGGAGGCCGGCAUCACCUCCUGGGUAACGAGGACGGAUUCGAACCGCGCCACCCGCUCCCACUACGGUACACGGGCCUUCCAGAUCACAAGCAAUCCUCCGCGCCUGGCAGUGGCUUUCAACAUGGCGGUUGACGUCGAAUCCAUCAACAGGAUCUCCGAGGAUGUUGCAAAGUUGCGUCGACAGCAGCAUGAGAUUGAGAAACCAGCUGCCAAAGCUAGAGUGGAUGCUGAUCAGUACACUACCGACACCGCCGACUUGAGAGGCGAGCUGGCCGACGUCAAACAAAAUAUGGAAAAGCUGCAACGUGAAGCCCAAAAGUACACCAGGGCCCGCAUUGAGAUCGGUUCGUCGCUGAUUGUCCUAGAUAUGGCGCAAAGUAAACUGGACGAGCUGAAGAACAAACCCUCGCCCGAGGUCACAAAGAAUAAGAUUCAAAAGGCAUUGCUUGAGCAGGUGGAAGACCGCAAGAAGGGCUACGCGAAGCUCCAGCGAGCAUGUCUUCAAUCCGACACGGACAUUGAUAAUCUCUUCAAGGCCACAUUCGAGGUCACCAAGGUCUCGGCCAAUCUGCGAGAGCUACAGACAGUUGAGAAAAUCAUCGGGGACAAGUUCGACGCCGCGUUCCAAGCCCUGGACGAAGCGACGGCCGUAUACAGGCACGCCAAGAACAAGCAGGAGCGAACGUCCGCCGAGUUUAUCGACAAGUCGGAUGAGCAGCCGCCGAAUGUUAGGCGGGAAAUCAGGAGACGCUGCGAUGAUCGCGACCUUGUAGCUCGAUCCAAGACCGAUUUGAUGACGGUCGAAACGGAUCUGGACCUCGCCGUUGGUGUCACCGAGGACGUGAUCGAUCGCCACAGGCGUCUGUCGGCCGAGUUGAAGGAGAGGGAAGCGACGGUCAAGGAGCAGCAGGCGCAGCUGGCGCGUCUCCAGCAAGAGGUCAACACCAUUCUCGCGAAACUGAACCCCGCCCUCGACGCUCUGGUAACAAGCGUUAGCACCAGGUUUUCGAAUGCGUUCCAAGCACUGGGCUGCGCGGGCGAAGUUCAAAUGGACCGGGUGGAGGGUGAUCACUCCAAAUGGGGCAUUAAAAUUCUUGUCAGCUACCGCGAAGACCAGGACCUGGAAGUGUUGACGGCCAGUCGUCAAUCGGGUGGUGAGCGAUCGCUCGCCACAGUCACCUACCUGAUGAGUCUCGGCGAGAUGUCCCGCACGCCAUUCUCUCUAGUCGACGAGAUUAACCAGGGUAUGGACGCACGAGCCGAGCGCGCCGUGCACAAUCUCAUGGUCAAGGUCUCGUGCAGCGAGGCCGCUGGUCAAUAUUUCCUCAUCACGCCCAAGCUCCUCACCGACCUCAACUAUCACCGGGACAUGAAGGUGCUCGUUGUCAACAACGGUGUCGGCAUCCCCGACCCGUCCAACAAGGCUCGCCGCUUCGGGCAGCUCGCAGCCUCUCUGGACCGUUACAAGCGCGACCACGGCAUCACAGCCUGA